AUGGCAAGCAUCUCUGCACGGCUUUCUCCAAUGGAUAUUGCGACAACAUCCCAAAUGGCCCAGAGGACAGGGCGGCAGAGACAUAACGUGCCUGGAGGUUCUUCAUCAGUGGUCCUGUCCAGAGCCAGCUCCUUCCUCUGUUGGCUCACCCUGCUGUCAAUAAUGCAGCUGCCAAUGGUUACAGCUGACUGCUGGCUUAUCGAGGGUGAGAAGGGCUUUGUGUGGCUGGCUAUCUGCAGUAUGAACCAGCCGCCUUAUGAGGCCAUUCCUUCCCACAUUAACAGCACCAUUGUGGAUCUGAGGCUGAAUGAGAACAAGAUACGCUCUGUCCAUUACUCUUCGCUCAGUCGCUUUGGCAACCUCACCUAUCUGAACCUCACCAAGAACGACAUCAGCUAUGUGGAAGAUGGAGCGUUCUCAGCACAAUUCAACCUGCAGGUUCUCCAGAUGGGUUUUAACAAGUUGAGGAACCUGACAGAGGGAAUGCUUCGAGGCCUGGGCAAACUGCAGUAUCUCUACCUGCAAGCCAACCUCAUUGAGACUGUUACACCCAACACGUUCUGGGAAUGUCCCAACUUAGAGAAUAUAGAUCUCUCCAUGAACAGGAUCCAGGUGUUGGAUGGCGGUUUGUUCUCUGGACUUUCUAAGCUGACCACCUGUGAACUUUACACCAACCCCUUCAACUGUUCUUGUGAGCUUCUGGGUUUCCUGCACUGGCUCUCUGCCUUCCCAAACAGGACCAGUGAGAGGAUGGUGUGCGACUCCCCCGUUGGUUUCUCUGGCUUCAACCUCCUGAGCCAGAACCCCCGCAUGCCUACCCAACGCACUGCUCUGCACGUGCUCAGUAUUGUAUGCACAGACGACGGCAGCAGCGUGACUCCUUUCUACGCCAUCAGCUCGGCUGAUUCCACCACCCUGUCCCCAGAUUCCGCCUCUCCCUGUGGAUUGGACGAUUGUGCCUCUGGGACCCCUCCCGAUGAGGUAACCAGCUUUAGCUCCUUUUUACCUGACACCAGUCCGCUCAUGACGCUAAAGCAGGUGCUGCAUUCAAGCGCUGUGAUAACCGUUCAGAUCCCACAUCCGUACAGGAAAAUGUACAUCCUGGUGCUUUAUAACAACAGCUUCUUCACAGAUAUCCAGAAUCUGAGAAAUCAAAGAGAAGAUAUUGAGCUCAAAAACUUAAAACCUAACACCGACUACACAUACUGUGUGGCCUCUAUACGAAACUCCCUGCGCUUCAACCACACCUGUCUGACCAUCUCCACUGGCCGCCGGGCGGGGGCUGAGAGGAUUGCCAAUCAGUCAUCAGCCACCCACUACAUUAUGACCAUUUUGGGCUGCUUGUUUGGGAUGCUGCUCUUCCUUGGCCUCGUUGUCCACUGCCUGAGAAAAAAGAGGAUCAUGGAGGAGAAGGAGAGAAAGAUGAGCAGGAUCCAGAGGACUCUGAUAGAGCUCAAGUAUGGUGGAGAAGGGGAUAUAGAGGGAGGGAGUGGAGGAUCUGUUUCCCAGAAGCUUGCUGCUGGGGACAGUCUGUCCAGAAUGCCCUACCUGCCUCAGGGUGGUGAGAUUGAUCCAUACAAGCUGCAGGAGGUGAUAGAAACACCAGCACACAAGCCUGCUAAACUUAACUACAUGGAGGUCAGAGGCUCCGGCAUUGAAAGGGAGAGAGAACGAGAGAGAGAAAGGGAGAUGUCUCCACAAGCAAAUCCCCAGGGCUCUGUAGCAGAGAUCUCUACCAUCGCUAAAGAAGUGGACAAAGUUAACCAGAUCAUCAACAACUGUAUAGAUGCUCUCAAAUCUGAGUCGACUUCCUUUCAACAGGGGAUCAAAUCUCCCUCUUCUGCAGGCGGAGGAGCUGUUUCAACCGCAGAGCCACAGUUGGUGCUUCUCUCUGAGCAAGGAGAGAGAGGAGAAAGAGGUAAUGAGUUCCUCUCCCCAGUGUACAAAGGAGGGAGAGGAGGAAGAGAAGAGAGGGGGAGAAGUUACCAUCAUUCAUUGCAGCGACACCACAGCAUGGAGGCUCCUCCGACCUCCAAAAGGCCCAGCACCUCCUCUUCUCCCGGAUCUACCCGCAGCCCACGCUCCUUCCGCUCAGAGGGAGGUUACCACUCCUCAGAGACCCGCUAUAUUGAGAGGACCUCGCCCGGAGAGAGAGGAGAAAGAGGAGGCGGGGGAGGAGAGGCCAUCCGUACAGUCACCCCGGCAGCGGCUAUCUUACGAGCAGAGGCCCAGAGAAUCCGCCAGUACAAUGAACACCGCCACUCCUAUCCCGGCUCCCAGCAGCACCUCCAGGAGCUGCAGCACCACCCUCAGAUUCUGCAAGAGCUCCACCACCACCCAGGGGGGCGUAAGCCCUCUGUGUUAGACCCCCUCACCCUCAGCAGGCAGGCCAAGCAGCGAGAGCUGGCCUACUCCCAGCUCUCGCCUCACUACCCACUCUCACCCCAGUACCACAACCUCAGCUACUGCUCUAGCCCUGAGGAAGACGAAGAGGAGGAAGGGCUCCUGUGCACCCCGACCCUAGGCUUGUGGGAGAGGUUCAAACUUCAUCGUAAGAGGCACCGGCAGGCGUCCAUGGAGGACGAAGGAUACGUGGCAGCCGGACACGCGCUGAGGCGAAAGGUUCAGUUUGCCAAGGAUGAGGAUCUUCACGACAUACUGGACUACUGGAAAGGUGUGUCAGCCCAGCAGAAGGCCUGA